AUGCGGCAAUCAUCCCUCGCACUGGCAGCCUUGGCGGCUCGCCUCGCCUCAGCCGACGUCCAGCUUCUCACCAGCGUCGAACAGUUCAACAGCCUCGAUGAGGAGCACCAUGGUUUCCCCCAACAGACCUUCCGCUCCUCGCCCAUCAUCGCACCCGUCUUCCAGGUCAAUGCGUGGGACCAGAGCCUGACCGAAGACUCGCCCCCCUACAUCUUCAUCGGCUCCGUGUACGGACACGAGGGUGGCGGGCCCAUGAUCCUCAGCGGCAAAGACCUCAGCCUGGUCUACGCCGAUCAGCAGUAUCGCAACGCCUACCACUCGCAAGUCCAGUCCAUCAACAGCACGCAGUACCUGACCUUCUGGGAGGGCUCCCACUCGCGUGGCCAUGCUAAUGGUUACUGCCAUGUCGUGGACGAGCAGUACAACCUCAAGUACAACGUCACCGCCGUGGGGCUUGAUGGCGCGCUGGCCGACAUGCACGAGAUGCAGAUCACGCAUGACAAUACCGUCAUCUUCACCACCUACUUUAACAUCCCCUGGAACUGCACGCAGUGGGGUGGCUCCGAGGACGGUUUACUCAUGGACUCGGGCUUCCAGGAGGUCGAUCCCGCGACCAACGAGCUGCUGGCCUCGACACUGACGCGCGUAAAGACACAAGCAGGCGACUACCUCGUCUCCAGCCGCCACCUUGGCCUCCUCACCCUCAUCUCCCACGACGACGGCCGUCCCCUCUGGACCCUGGGCGGCGACCACAGCCAGUUCAAGGACCUGAGCGACGGCCGCGCGACAGACUUCACCUGGCAGCACGACGCCCGCUUCAUCGACGCCGACGAGACCACCAUCACCAUGUUCGACAACCACGGCGAGCACACGGGCGCAUGCGGCGAAACGCCCUGCGCCUCGCGCGGUCUCGAGAUCAAGAUCGACACCGUCGCCAUGACGGCCGAGCUCAUACACGAGUACUUCCAUCCCCAGCACGUCGACGCCGGCGCCAUGGGCGGCGUCCAGAAGCUGCCCAACGGCAACGUCAUGACCGCCUGGGGCUGGUCCCCCGGCUUUGUCGAGUACACCGCCGACGGCCGCGUCGCCAUGGACGUCCAGCGCGGCCGGCUGGGCGUCGACAACACACCCGACAUGUUCGCCUACCGCGUCACGCGCGGCCACUGGACCGGACGCCCGACGUGGCCGCCCAGCAUAGGUGUGGAUGUCACGCCGCAUGGGACCGCGGAGAAUGCGACCGUGUACCUCUCGUGGAACGGCGCGACGGAGGUUGUUCGCUGGGGCCUCUUUGUGGGAGACGACCCGGCGACGAUCCAGGACAUGGACAACUACCGUGGCGCCGUGGACAGGCAGGGCUUCGAGACGGUAACGUCACUGGGCGCGGACGCGCGUGGGCAGUACGUCGCUUGCGCUGCGCUGGACAAGGAUGACAAGGUCCUCGGGGCGUCCUUGGUGUGGGAUCUGGCCACGGGUCAGCCUGUAGUCAUACAGAGCAACAUUGCGUCUGUCAAGACUGUCGCCCCGACCGCCGCAGACAGCUCGUGGGGCCUGCCAAGCAUCGGCGUCUGCCUCGUUGCUGUCGUGGGGUCUUUUGUCGCUGUCGCGUGGUAUUGCUACAUGCGGAGGCAACGCAGGGUGGGCGGCGACGUUCAGGGCGAAUACAAGCCAGUCGCCUCCGACGCGUAG